AAAUGGUUGUUGUCCAGGAUACACUGUUUUUCGUUGUCAAGAAGCUGGCUGCAUGGCUCUGGGAACACUAUAGAGCUUAUGAACUGAAGCCAUGUCCCACAAAGGAGAUAAAACUCCAUCCUAAUGAGCUAAACGAUCCAUACCCAUUGGUGGACUACACAGUUGGGGGAAUGAGGCUCAUUACUCUGAAAAGAUACAUACAUGUUUAAGGACACCAUGGCGGAAAUAGCACCUGUGCGCUUGUUGGUCAUCGUCAGUGAAAAUGAUUGCAUGAGAAUGGAGCUGCACAUUCCCGAUGCUGUGGAAGACCUCAUUGAGGAGGUGAAGAAUGCAUGUGGACUAGGAGGCCAUAUACGGCUACAGUAUAAAGACACUGAUUUUGGAGAUAUGUUUAUUAAUGUGACCUCAACAUCUGUAAUUAAGGACCUCACCAUUCUUAAAGUGAUCCAGCUAGACCCUGAAGCCACAACUGUUGUCCUGUACCCAGUUAAUACCCCAAUGAGUAGCACCCUUUCUCUCGACAUAGACAGUGAAGACUGCCCCAGCUUGCUGUCUGCUCUGCCUAGCCACACUGCUCUGCAUAGCCACACAGACUGUUUAAGAAAAGAGCAGUGGCCAAAGGCCUUCCAAAUCCCACUCUUUUCGUACGACACUGAGUGUCAAUUGCAGAGGGCAAACAUUGAGUUUGCAAACAGCCAAACUACACUUACAGUUGGCACCAAAAUGCUUUCAGACAUUUUAGAAAAGCUGGCUGAGGCAAUUUACAGCUACAAAGGCUACCCAACAGGUUCUGACUGCAAAGAUGUUGCAGAUGCAUUGAUUAGAAAACACCCCUGCUUAACUCAACAAGGGCCCUUUGGGGAGAGUUGUGGCUGGCAACAAAGAAUCAAGGUUAAGAUGGCAAACUACCGCACUCUACUUAAGGCACAUGGUACAUCAGCUGAGCUCUCCCUGAAUUCUUUUAAAUCCAAAUCUCGGGAGGACUCCUACCCUGCAAAGAAUCUGAAGAGGCCAAGAAGAGCAGAGUUGAACUAUUUCCCACCCUUACCAAAUGAUCAGUGCCGAGUUCAUGAGAAUCACGACAGUGCCCUUGGAGACAAAAUUCUUACAGCAGCUGGACAGGCAUUCCACGAAACUUGUACAGAUAAUACGGAAUAAGGGUGGCGUGACAAAGGAAAGGACUGCCAGGAUUUUACAUAGUUUAGAUGAGGUCGUGGACAUCAACACAAGGAGGGAAUCAGUUCUUAAAUGUUUAAUCAUCUAUUUUGGAGAAUCUCUUCACCAUCUCAUCAAGGAAAUUCAGGUACGUACAUUGCUCAGCCAUCCACGCACAUACUUAC